GUAUUAAUUCACAUAUUCGGCGAGAGUAAGCUUUUCAAUGAUGUUCCACUGUAUUGGAUUUCAUUAAUCAUUAUGAUGCUUUGGAAAAUAUUUGUCAACGUAGCAGUGAUUAUUAUCUUGAUCAGUUCAUCAAUUGUUGCAAGUGAUCCAGCUGAUUCAUCUCGUGUAGGAGACACAACCAUUUCAUUAAAUGGAGAUGCAGUUCCAGAUUAUGUGGGAGUAAAAAGGACAAAGAGUAGAAGGAAACCAUUAUUUGCUGGGGGUUGCAUCGCAAACCCUGAGGUGCCUGUAAAUGGUAGAAUACGAUGCUCAAUGGACAGUGGAUGUAUUGCAACUUGUGAGCAAAAUUAUAAAUUCCCAAAUGGGGUGAACCAAUUAGCUAUAAUAUGUAUUGAUAAACAGUGGCGCAUUGUUGGUACAGAUUGGAACUCUAUGCCUCAUUGUGAACCAAUAUGUAUGCCAGAGUGCAUGAACAGUGGUGUAUGCGUUGCACCUCAUCAGUGUAAUUGUCCUCAAGAUUUCACUGGACCACAGUGCCAGUUUGAAAAUAAACCAUGCUUAAAUUAUCCUCCUCCAGUGCUCAAUUCUCACAAGCUUUGCAACUCAAAAUCUUGCACCAUAUCUUGUAUGAAGAAUUUCACGUUUCCAGAUGGUAGCGCAGUUACCAAUCUCAUAUGUAAGGAUGGAAACUGGGAGCCCACUAAAGAAGAUUGGGUCUCUGUACCUGACUGCGAACCUGUGUGUGAUCCACCUUGUCAAAAUGGGGGCAUUUGUCUUCCGUCAAACCUUUGCCAGUGUCCACAGGCAUAUAAAGGUUCCCAGUGCCAGUAUUCUGCUGAUGCCUGCAAUGGAGAAAAACUGGGCUUCAACGGUGGCUUCUUUUGUAGCAGUGUUGAUGACAGUUACUCGUGCACCCUGAAUUGCCCUGCUGGAAUAGAAUUUGAAUUCCCCCCAGCUACUGCGUACACCUGUUCUUAUGAUACAGGUGUUUUCCAUCCACAACCGAUUCCUCAGUGCAAAUAUAGUGAAAAUAUGAAUGUGAUUUCUUUGGGCACCACCUACAAUUCCUACGUAAGGGAGACCAAUCACAGUUGGACCUAUCAAGACAUCUUUAGCUCUAAUAUGAAUCAAUCUCCACUAGUUAAAACCACCUACGACAAGGAUUUUUACAACAAUCAUGAGAGCAAUAUGACAUCAAACACGAUGUUAUUCAAUUCACUGGACAACGUGUUACUGAUUGAAGAGAAACGACCAGUGCCAGAAACUUGUUUCACCUGGGGUGGAGUGAAUUACAAGACUUUUGACGAUACAGUGUUCAAUUUUGAGAGCGAAUGUUCUUACAUUCUGGUGCAGGAAGCGCAGAACAGGCUGUUCACCAUUAUAGUGGAGAACAGUCCAAGGUGCAAGGUUCAAGAUUGCUUCAAGAUCAUCAAGAUUUUCGUUCAGGAUAAAGAAUAUAUUUUGUCACGGAACGAAGCUGGAGUUCCAGAAUUUCGAACGCCGAACAAAUUGCUGCCUAUUCCAGCUCAACUUUCCUAUUUGAGAGUAGAGAUGUCUGCACAUUUUAUUGUUGUAACGUUGGACUCUUUAGGGGUUCAAUUGAAAUGGGAUGGGGCUCUGAUGCUGCAGGUCGAAGCCUUUGAAAACAUGUGGAAUAAAACAACUGGUCUCUGCGGUAACAUGAAUGGCAAUAAAAAGGAUGAUCUGAUAAGCAAAAAUGGAGAACAGAUGAAAAGCAUCGCAGCAUUUGCAUCUUCUUGGCGAACAGAGAAAAUUGGAGAAACAUGCGACGAAUACCCAGACACUCGUCAUGCUUGCGAAUCUGACCCAGUGAACACUAGAGAAGCUAUUCUAUUCUGCACAAAACUGCUCUCUGAUAGGAGGUUCCAGGCCUGUUCCAGCACAAUCAGCAUUUCUGAAUUACAGAAAGCCUGCUUAUGGGAUUUCUGUGCCUGUACACGAGGCGACAGAAGGGAAUGCGCCUGUGACACUAUGAACGUUUACGUCAGACAAUGUGCUCAUAAAAAGAUUGCGUCCUUGUCCGGUUGGAGAAACGACGACACUUGUCCCAUGAUGUGUAAUAACGGGCGAGUGUACAUGUCGUGUGGCCCAAAGACGGAAUCAUCCUGCUGGACAGGAGUGGAAAGGAAACUGAACGUCGACGACUGUGAAGAGGGUUGUUUCUGUCCAGAAGGAACCGUGGCUCACGAAGGGAGGUGUGUGUAUCCUGAUGAAUGUCCCUGCAGACUGCGAGGAAAACUGUUCCAGCCUGGCAAGAGCGUGCAAAAGGAUUGCAACACCUGCACCUGUUCCUCUGGGAAAUGGUUAUGCACUCAGGUCCAAUGCGGUGCCAGAUGCGCAGUCGUUGGUGAUCCUCAUUAUACUACCUUUGAUGGAAAACAUUAUGAUUUCAUGGGGAAGUGCAAAUAUUAUUUGAUGAAGGAUGAUGAUUACAGCAUUGAGAGUGAAAAUGUUCCUUGUUCUGGCGCUAUAUCAGAGAAUAUGGGACUCGUACCAUCUGAUGCUCCAUCGUGUACAAAGACCGUAACAAUUAAUUAUCAGGAUGUGUCUGUGAAACUCAAACAACACCGCCAAGUAUUAAUUAAUGGAGAUGACUUAACAGUAUAUCCUACAGUUGUUAAGGGCGUCAGAAUACGUGUUGCUAGCAGUAUAUUCUUGGUCAUUCAUUUACCAAAUGACCUGGAAAUCUGGUGGGAUGGCAUCACUCGCGUUUACAUCAACGUUCCUCCUCAGUUUCAUGGUAAAACUAUGGGACUCUGUGGUACCUUUUCUGAAAAUCAGAAGGACGAUUUCAUUACACCAGAGGGUGACACUGAAAACAUGGCUAUCUCUUUUGCCAACAAAUGGAAAACUGAUGAUUCUUGUCCCAGUCUUCCUGAAAAGGAGCCGGAUCAUCCUUGCGACCUUGAUCCACAAAAACGAGAUACUGCUAAACAAUAUUGCUCCUACUUGUACAGUGACAUCUUUGCUGGCUGUCAUUGGCACGUGGAUCCGGAUACAUUUCACAAGGAUUGUUUGUUCGACAUGUGUUCCUGCAAGGUUGAAGUUGAAUCCUGUCUGUGCCCCAUGCUAGCAGCUUACGCCAAAGAGUGUGCUGCCGCAGGAAUAAAACUCAUGUGGCGUUAUGAAAUAAAUGAAUGUAGAAUACACUGUCCUGGAAAUCAAGUCUACCAGAUUUGUGGGAAUAGUUGUACAAGGUCAUGCGGAGAUAUAUCUUCUUAUCAGGACUGCAAACAGGAGUGCGUGGAAGGAUGCAACUGUCCGGAAGGAGAAACACUGGAUGUUCAUGGGAAUUGCAUUCCAAUUGGACAAUGUCCAUGCACGUAUCAAGGGUUAGAAUUCAACUCAGGACACAAGGAAAUCAGGCCUGGAAACAAGGCUCAGGAACUCUGUACCUGCGCAGGUGGGAUUUGGAACUGUCAGGAGGCAACACCGGAUGAAAUUAAGGAAUAUCCAGCCGUCAAGGAACUUCUGGCUUCUUGCGUAGCAAGUAAACAUCUAGAAGUCACAGAUUGCGCACCAGCAGAACCUAGAACUUGUCGCAAUAUGCACAAACCAGUUCAGAAGUCAUCUGUUUGUAAAUCAGGCUGCGUGUGCAAACUUGGUUAUGUGUUAGAUGAACCGGGUGGUAACUGUAUUAAAGAACAAUCCUGUCCGUGUCAUCAUGGAGGGCAAAGUUACAAAGAAGGGUCUGUUAUACAGGAUGAGUGCAAUACAUGUGAAUGCAUGAAUGGAACAUGGAAGUGUACAGAUAGAACCUGUGCAGGAGUUUGUACCGCUUGGGGUGAUUCGCACUAUAAAACGUUUGAUGGAAAGAUUUACGACUUCCAAGGAAUGUGUGACUAUCUUCUAGUUAAAGGUUCUCUAAGCAAGGUGGACACUUUUGACGUUUCCAUUCAGAAUGUACCUUGUGGAACAACUGGGGUAGCGUGUUCCAAAUCAGUUACUUUGACAGUUGGCAGCAAUGAAAGUCCAGAAAGCAUUGUAUUCACCAGAGGGAAAGAACUUCCUUCAGGAAACUUCAAAAGGAUUGUAGUGAGAACAACUGACUUGUUUGUAUUCGUUGAUGUGCCAGACAUGGGAUUAACCUUGCAGUGGGAUAGGGGCACCAGAGUAUACGUAAAGCUAGAUCCCAAAUGGAAGGGACGUACAAAGGGGCUCUGCGGUGACUAUAAUGAUAACAGUGAAGAUGAUUUCAAAACACCUUCCGGUGGCAUAUCAGAGGUGUCUGCCAACUUGUUUGGAGAUUCCUGGAAGAAGAAUGAUUUAUGCCCGGAGCCUAAAGACAUCAAAGACCCUUGCGAACAACAUCCAGAACGAAAUCUAUGGUCCGUACAAAAAUGUGGAAUACUGAAGUCACCUGUGUUCCAGCCAUGUCAUUCAGAAGUUGAAGUAGAAAACUAUAUACGCAACUGUAUUUUUGAUACGUGUGGUUGUGAUGCAGGAGGUGACUGCGAAUGUCUUUGCACCGCCUUGGCAGCAUAUGCACAUGAAUGCAACGCCAAAGGUGUCCCCAUAAAAUGGCGCAGCCAAGAACUCUGUCCCAUACAAUGCGAUGAGAAAUGCAGUUCAUACUCACCAUGUGUUACAACCUGCCCUCGUGAAACUUGUGACAAUUUGAUGACCCUGAAGGACCAGUCUCAUUUGUGCUCUCAGGACACGUGUGUCGAGGGGUGCUCCACUAAAUCCUGUCCCGAGAAUCAAGUAUACACCAACGAUAGCUAUACAGAAUGUGUGCCAAAGGAAACUUGUAAAUCCUUCUGCAUUGAAAUCGAAGGGGUAACGUAUUAUGAGGGUGAUAAUGUUAAAAGCGACGAUUGCCAAACGUGUUAUUGUAGUCGUGGUAAAGUAUUGUGCAAAGGAGAACCUUGUACCACAACUGCUGCAAGUACUGUGCCAUUAGAAGAGCCACAGAAAUGUGUAGAUGGUUGGACCGCUUGGAUAAAUCAAGAUCCAGGAAUUAAAGGGAAGAAAAUUAAGGAUAUUGAACCUUUGCCUACACUACUUGACUUGGCAAGUAUAGAGGGAUCUGCAGUAUGUGACAGAAGCCACAUGGUUGAGAUAAGAUGUAGAUCAGUGAAAGGUCAUUUAACACCAAAAGAAACUGGCCUGGACGUGGAGUGUAAUUUGGAGCACGGUCUUUAUUGCCAGACUCAGCCUAAACACCCAUGCAUCGACUUUGAAAUUAGUGUUCUAUGUCAAUGUUCAGAGACUACCACAGAAAAACUAGGAAUAUCAAGCACAGUGAAUGCAAUGUUUGAAGAAUGCAACAUGGAACAACCUUACAAACCCCAUCCCAUGGAUUGUCGUUUAUUUUACCAGUGUUCACCUGGACCCAAUGGAAACGAAUUUGUAGAGAAAUCCUGUGGUGAAAAUAUGUUUUACAAUCCACAGAUACAAGUCUGUGAUUGGCCAGCUAGCGUUAUACAGAUAAGACCCGAGUGUUCAGUUGAGCAAACAUCAACCAAAACAGAAUGGACUAAAUACACAACUUUGGGAAAGAAUAUCAUAACUACCAAAGCUUGCAAAGAAGGAGAAACGUGGAGUAACUGUGCCAUAGAUUGCAAUAAAGUCUGUGAUUAUUAUCAUUACAUUUUGUUGAAGGAAGGUACAUGCAAUGGUAACUCUGACUGCGUACCAGGAUGCAUCCCAGAGGAGAGACCGGUGUGUCCACCCAAUAAAUUUUGGAGAGAUUCAAUGACCUGCGUUGAAGAAGCUGACUGCACUUGUAAAUCUCACGAUGGACAAUCCAUUCUCCCUAGUGCAGUUAUCAAAGAAUCAGAAUGUGAAAUCUGUCAGUGUUUAAAUAACUAUUACACUUGUGACCGGUCAUUGUGUUUGAAAUCAACUGAGAAACCAAUUACAUAUCCACAAACAGAGACAACUACUACUCCAACAUCACCCUUGUUUGAAAAUGAAAAAUCUACAACGAGAAGUCCAGUCAAUGAAGUUACAAUUGUGGUACCUAGUACUGUCAGUCCACCAGCCUAUUGUGAGAGUAAUAAUUUCGUUCCUUUAAUUCAGUACUUGAGCGACCAGGUUUCAUUCGAGGCAAGCAGUAGCAAAGGUCCAGCAUUUCAAGCUGAGAAUUCAGUAUUAAAUGAAGAUGCUGGAUAUUGGGAGCCUGAAUACGCUGGCACUGAUCAGUGGCUUGACAUAAAGUUCCAAAAGCCUGAACCAAUUUAUGGUAUCAUCCUGCAAGGCAGUGGUGUGGAAGAUAAAUUUGUAACCAGCUACCAAGUACUGUUCUCUGAAAAUGGUCACUCAUUCUCUCAUGUACUAGACGAUAAGAAGCAACCACGAAUAUUCAGUGGUCCUGUGAAUAAAUAUAAACCGGUCGAGCAAAAGUUUCACGAGCCAAUAGAAGCCAAAGUUGUCCGAAUAAAUCCUCUGUCUUGGCAUAAUGGAAUAGCUAUAAGAGUGGAAUUACUUGGUUGCCAAGAAUUGAUUACCACUAUUCCAUUAACUGAAACUGUUCCAGUUACAGUGAUAACUGAUAAAAUUAUAAGCCCAGUGUGCGAUGAGCCAAUGGGAGUGGACAAUGGUUUGAUCUAUCCUGAACAACUUUCAACAUCUUCUUCUUCCACGGAUCUAUUACCAAACUUGAAGCUGAGCUCCCCAAGCGUUUGGCAUCCUAAAUUGGAUAACCCACAUCAAUUCAUUGAGAUUGAUUUCUUAGAACCACGUAAUCUAACAGGAAUUGCAACAAAAGGUGGUGAAGGUACAUGGACAACUGUGUACAAAGUAUUUUAUAGCAACGAUGGCCACCAGUGGAAUCCAGUCAUGGAUACAAAUGGCUACGAACAAGAAUUCUUGGGAAACUUUGACUCUGAAACUGUUAAAAAGAACUACUUUGAUAGACCUUUAAGCGCAAGGUAUCUAAAGUUGCAACCAAUUAAAUGGCAUGAGCAUAUCGGUCUGAAAUUUGAGGUUCUGGGUUGCUUCUUGCCAUACCCUCCCAUUACAACAACCACUGAGGCUAUGGAAAGCACACCAAGAACAAUAGAAAAAUUUCUGGUAUGCAAUAUAUGCAAAGGAAUAAUGGUUGAAGAUCAAAUUACCUGCAAAUGCGGAGAAACUUAUUGGUGGAAUGGAGAUACCUGCGUAACUGAACAAGAAUGUCCUUGUGUAGUUGGACACAUUUCUUAUAAUGUGGGUGCAAUGUGGGUGAGCGAAGACUGUCAGGAAUGUGUAUGCACCUUGGGUGGGAUUUCCUUCUGUCAGCCAAAGAAAUGUGAAGCAUGUAAUGAACCAGGAAUGCGACCAGUGAUUAAUGAACUGUGUAACUGCGUGUGUAAACCAUGUCCUCCUGGUACCCGUCACUGUCCAACCAGUGAUGUUUGCAUCGAAGAGAAUUUAUGGUGCAAUGGUGUCCAAGAUUGUCCAGACGAUGAAAAGGAUUGCCCACAGGUUGUUGAAACAACUCCUACUUUGAAACAGACAACAGAGAGCACACCUAUAAUAUCAACAUCAGUUGCACCAACUGUGUGUCAGGAUCCAGUUUGUCCACCAGGCUACAGGACAGUUUUGAAGUCAUCUAUGAAGUCACAACGCUACACAAAUUCUCAUGGAAUGAAAGGUGGAGCGAAGUCUCUGCACAGACAUUCUUUGAGAAUGAAAGGAUUGAGGAAAUCCAUGCAACAUUCAAAGUACAACGAAGAGAAAGAAUCUGAAAGUGGGACAGAAUGCGCGCAGUUCACUUGUGUGCCCAAUAAACCACCGCCAAUUCUUGAUAAGAACACACCGCAUACUUGCCCAGAAGUGUCUUGUCCACCAGGUUACGCUGUGGUCUAUGAAAAGAUGAGUAUGUACAAACUUCAGAAGUGUCCAAAGUACACUUGCAAGCCCCCAGCACCGGAAGAGGUUGUCUGCAAUGUAACAGGAAGAACAUUCACCACGUUUGAUAAAUUAGAAUACAAGUAUGACAUCUGUAACCACAUUUUGGCCCGGGAUAUGUUUGCCAACAAAUGGUACAUAACGUUGGAAAAGUCAUGCGAUGCACACAAUAAUCAGUGUGCCAGAGUGUUAGCAAUAACCUUGGACGAAGACGUGAUUGUUUUAUAUCCAGACAUGCAUGUGGAUAUCAAUCAGUAUAGUUUCACGCCAAACCAGGUAGCUCGAUUUGGCGACAGGUUUCCUUCUUUCAAGAUAUCAUCUAUCGGCGACAUAACCUAUGUAGUAUCCAAUUAUUAUGGAUUCUGGGUGAUCUGGGAUUCAAAUUCCAACGUGAAACUGGGAGUCUCCACGAAGCUGGCUGGUAAAGUAGAUGGUUUAUGCGGAUAUUUUGAUGGAUAUUCCAUGAAUGACAGACAAUUGCCGGAUGGGAAUCAAGCACGAAGCACCGUAGAGUUUGGGGACAGUUGGAUGAUGGAAGGGGUACCAGAAUGUGAUCCACAGGUCUGUCCACAUUACGUACAAGAAGAGAGUUGGAAAAUUUGCAAUAUAGUUAAAGAUGCAUCAUUAGCAGAGUGUUCAAACAUUGUGGAUCUAGAGAAAUUCAUAUCUCAUUGUAUGGAAAGCACGUGCAAUUGUUUACGUGGUAAUCACACGUAUAAUGAUUGUCGUUGUCGUUUGUUGACUAGCUUUGUCACUGAAUGCCAGGCUGGUAAUUUGAAUGCAGACUUGUCGACCUGGAGAAGCAUUCAUGACUGUCCUGUCUCUUGUCCUACACCCCUUGUGCAUAAAGACUGUUUCAGAAAUAAGUGUGAGACCAGCUGCGACAAUUUGCAGCAGAUAGACCCUUGUCCAAUGAUGCAAGGGGUGUGUUUCUCUGGUUGUUUCUGCCCUGAGGGAACAGUGCGCAAUGGUGAUCAGUGUGUGCCACCUAUGCAGUGUAAAGAUUGUACCUGCGAAUGGUUGGGAAAUUCCAAGUUCAUCAGUUUCGAUAGGAAAAACAUUCAGUUCGAUGGAAAUUGCACAUACGUGUUAUCUAGAAACAUUGAAAGUAAAAGGGCUCCGCAGGAUUAUGCUUAUCAAGUUUUGGUUUCAAAUGGGAUUUGCAACACCGGUACAUGUACAGAGGCCAUCAUAAUUUUGUACCAAGAGCACGUUGUUCAAAUCAAGGAAGGUGUACCGUCCCAAGAAUUUGAAGUUCAAGUGGAUGGGUCAAAGAUCAGUGAUUUUCCUUAUAAUGCAUCUUGGUUGAAUUUAGAGCAAUGGCCCUCAGAAAAGUUACGUUUAUUGAUUCCUUCGAUUCAAUUAGAAAUUAUUAGCUAUCAGCCUAAUUUUGCAUUUACCCUUACGCUUCCUUCUCAUAUUUUUGGGGGUACGAUGGAAGGUCUCUGUGGUAAUUGCAAUGAAGACACCGAUGAUGACUUGAAGAGACAAGAUGGAGAGAUUACUGAUAAUACGCAAGACUUUGGUACAAGUUGGUUGGUCACUGAAUCUCCUCGUGGUAUUAAUUUAGACAUGGGUGCGUGUACAUCCAACAAUCAAAGCAAGUGUAUCCUACCACCAGCGGACCAAGAUCCAUGCAGAACACUAUUAAAUACGAUGGACUUUGGUCAGUGCCAUAAUCUCGUUGAUCCAAUGCCUUAUUUAAUGGCCUGUCAAGAUAAUCUAUGCUCCGGAGGUGGUUAUUGUGAUAGUUUUGAAGCAUAUGCCAGGAAAUGCCAGACAAUGGGAGUAUGUCUAAUAUGGAGAAGCAGUGAAAUAUGUCCUUUUACUUGUCCCCCACAUCUGGAGUAUCGACCAUGUGGUCCAGCUUGCAAAGAAACUUGUGACACCAUUAAUGAAAUCACCAAUGCUUUAUGCCCAACGAAUUUCGAAGAAGGCUGUUUCUGUCCUCUCAAUUUCAUAUCUCACAAUGAUACCUGCAUUCCAAAGGAGAAAUGUUUCCUUUGCGAUGAAGAGGGACACGUCGAGGGUGAUACUUGGUCCCCAGAUGUCUGCACUCAGUGCACCUGCGAGAAGAAAACUAUUAAUUGUCAGAAAACAGAGUGUCUAGCUGUAGACACCAUCUGCGAGGAGGACAUGACACCUGUAGUUGUUAAUGGAACAGAAGAAGCUUGUUGCCCCAAAUACUACUGUCUUCCAAAGAUGGUAACAACUUUGCCACCGGUCUGCACCGAGGAGACCCAGAUGCCUGAAUGUGGUUAUGGACAAAUGAUGAAAGUGUCCAUCGGUGCUGACGGGUGCCAGAAGUUCAUCUGCGAAUGCUUGCCACCAUCUGAAUGUCCUUUCCUCAAUGAAGUUUCUGUCCAAGUCGAGCAGCUUCAGCCUGGCUUUGUGCAGGUGACAAACACGUCCGGAUGUUGUCCAAGGUUUAUGACCAUCUGUGAACCUGAAACCUGUCCUCCAGCACCGGUAUGCCCAGAGUAUUAUGAACUGAAAAGCAAAGUGGAGUCGAACGCUUGUUGCGCUAAAUACGACUGUGUACCUGCAAAAGAUCUGUGUCUGUAUAACGUUACGAACAAACAAAUUGAAAUGUCCGAGCAUGUGGUAGCGAGGAAGUUAGGGGAGCAAUGGAUGGAAGACAAGUGUACUUCCUGUAUUUGUGAACAUUCUGAGAUAGGUCCCAAACCAAAGUGUUUUACCACUGAAUGUCUAAAAGCUGUGGAUCACCCGGAUAUAUCUGAUUUCGUUUUGGAGGAAGUUGUGGCAGAGGAUAAAUGUUGUCCCAGUUUUGAGAGAACUGCUUGCAAAGAUGGGGAGAGAAUGUACAACGUUGGUGAAAGCUGGCAACCGAACCCUGAAGACAGUUGUACUUUAAUGGAGUGCAUAAAGAAUGGGGAUGGGGUCCAGAAGCAAGCAAAGGUGCAAGAAUGUAGCACCGUUUGUGAUCUUGGCUUUAAGUAUCGUCCCACUGAUAAUAAGAGCAUCAACUGUUGCGGACGAUGCAUUCCAGUGGCAUGCGUUGUCGGUGAUGAAUUGAAAAACGUGGGGGAAGAAUGGUACUCUGUUGAUUUCUGUACAAAGUACUCCUGCGUAUCCACCAAUGAUACUGUGUACGUAGAAUCAGUUACAGAGAAAUGCCUAGAAAUAGACCCUGUGCAGGAGGCUGAGUUUGAAAUACAGAAGCAGUACAUUCCAGGCCAGUGUUGCCCACAGUUUGUUAAAACUGGUUGUCGUUACAAUGAUAUUAUAUAUAAACCUGGAGACAAGUGGAAGUCUACGGAGGAUAAUUGUGUCACAGAAGUUUGCGCCCUGGAUUCAAAUGGGACAAAGUACAAAGAGGUGGAAUCUUGCGCCAAGAAAUGUUCUCUUGGCUGGACCUAUGAACCGCAGGAUGGAGAAUGUUGUGGGAAAUGUAAACAGAGUUAUUGCGUAGUUGGAGACAUGUUAUAUGAACCUGGAGCGACUUGGUCAUCCGCUGAUAACUGUACUUCUUACACCUGUAUGGAACAAGGUGACCAAUUAUCAAUUACCAGCAAUUCAGCAGUUUGCCCUGACAUAUCCCAUUGUCCAGUUACCUCAGUUUACACGGAUAACUGUUGUAAGAUGUGUAAUUUGACGUCUUACAAUCAGAAGGUCAAUUUAUGUGCUGCUGAUGUUUUGGAUGCGCAGAGCACAGUAGGUAUGUUCAAUGUGCAACAUAGGAUACAUGGUGUCUGUAAGAACUUGCAACCCAUAGAAGGCAUCACAGAGUGUCGUGGGGCCUGUGAAUCUACCUCUUACUUUGACAUAGACAAUUGGAGUCAAGUACUAAAUUGCCAGUGUUGUCAGCCAACAAAAUACAGGGGUUUGAUUAUUGAACUGACGUGUGAAGAUUCUAAAGUAUUAAAGAAACAAGUUCCUCAACCAGUUUCUUGCACUUGCUCGGCAUGCUCGUCCAAUGAAUCCGGUUACAAAGGAAGGAAAGGGGGAGUUAAAGGUUAAAGAAAGUGAAAAAUGAAAUUAUGAAGUACAGAUUGAAAUGACUGUUCCAAAGCUUCGACAAAGAUUGAAAAUACAAAAAUAUUAUUCGUUGAUUUUAUUGAAUGAUGUAUAUAUAAUAUCAUAUUCUAUAUAAUAGAAUAUAUCAUAUUCCAUGAAUAUUAUCUUUGUCAACAAUUCAUUUUUAUAUCGGCUUCCUCAUACUAAAAUUCAUACUUUGAAUUUUGGAACAUACUAUAAGUACAAUAAAUCUAAUUCAGUCUUAGCAAGACUUUUUAAACCAUGUACAAGCAGGAGCCUGAAAUUUCCUGCUUUGUACCUUGAAGAUUCAGAAAUCUCUACUUUCAUGUAUACACAUUGUUUUUAUAAUUAGAGGAGAAAAAAGAGAAUGAAAUUUCAAAAUAAGCCGAUAACGCAUAAAUUAAAAUCACAGCUUCUUUCUCUACCGAUCAUCAUUCGCGUGCCACUGUAUAAACGAAACUAAAAGAAACAAACUGUUCCGAAAAUACAGCUGAACGUAUCAAGUGCCAAUUCCUCGGUGCAAAACGAACUGACUCAACUAUUCAACACGAAACAACGUACCAGAAACGUUUCACAGACUAGUUAUCGAUAAACCUGAGUCGUCGAAUCAAUAUUUGUACAUAUAUACAGGGCGUCCCAGAAAGAGUGUUAGUCCUUUAAGGGGGUGAUAGCUGGGGUGAUUCUGAACAACAUUUUCCAUUGCGAAAAUUUUAUUUGAAGCUUCGUUUUUGAAUUAUCAAGAAAAAACACUGGCCAAUUAGAGCGCGCAUAGCGCGCGGGCUCAGGAGUCGAGGCUGCCGUCCCUGAGCCCACGCGCUGUGCGCGCUCCGAUUGGUCAGUGUUUUUUCCCUAAUAAUUCAAAAACGAAGCUUCGAACAACAUUUUCGCAAAGGAAAAUGUUGUUCAAAAUCACCUCAGCUACCACCCUUUCACAGAGUGAAAAUGAAUUCUGGGACACCCUGUAUAUUACAAACAGCAAGCCAAAGUAAAUCUUGUACGCGAAUCAUAUUUAGUAUAAAAACUAAAUGUCUAUACAUCACACCUCUUAACAUCUAGCAAAAAAAAAAAAAAAAU